AUGAAAGCACGUACCCUUCUAGAGAAGAUAGUCUCCUUCAUUGGUGAAGACAAGUGGUUCAAGCCAAUCGCAGCUCGCGGAUACUGGAAGCUAGGUCGUACGCUUUUGCGUGAAGGUGGUGAUGAUAACGAGGACGAGGCGCAGACGCAAAUUGACAAAGCAAUGAGCCUUCGACAUGAGAUUGCUCCAGGCGAUGAUCGUAAGGAGAGAGACUUGAAUGACCGUGAUUGGGAUAAUCUGGUGUUCUACUUGUUCAGAUAA